AUGUGGAAUGAGGGCAAACGCGUCGUGCCACUGGAGAGGUACAGGAACAUUGGAAUCUGCGCUCACAUCGACGCCGGGAAGACAACAUGUACCGAGCGCGUUCUCUUCUACACCGGCAAGUCAUAUAAGAUUGGGGAGGUGCACGAGGGCGCUGCCACGAUGGACUGGAUGGUCCAGGAACAGGAGCGGGGGAUUACCAUCACAUCCGCUGCCACCACCUGCACGUGGAAGGACCACCUCAUCAACAUCAUUGACACUCCCGGUCACGUGGACUUCACCCUCGAGGUGGAGCGUGCGCUGAAGGUUCUGGAUGGAGCAGUGGCGCUGUUUGACAGCGUGGCGGGAGUCGAGCCGCAGAGCGAGACCGUGUGGCGACAGGCGGACAAGUACGGCGUGCCGCGCAUCUGCUUUGUCAACAAGAUGGACCGUAUGGGCGCCAACUUUUUCCGCACAGUUGACAUGAUCAAGGCCAACCUGGGCGCAAAGCCUGUGGUGACCACGCUGCCCAUCGGGGCCGAGGACAACUUCAAAGGAGUUGUGGACCUCGUGGCCAUGAACGCCAUAACAUGGGACGGCGAGGAGCUGGGCGCCAGCUUUGACGUGGGCCCAAUCCCGGAGGACCUGCAGGAGAUGGCGGAGGAGUGGCAUGAGAAACUGGUGGAAGAUGCCAUCGAGGUGGACGACGACGCCAUGGAGGCCUACCUGGAGGGAAACACGCCUGAUGAGGAGGCGCUGAGGGGUCUCAUCCGCAAGGGCACCAUCGCCAACAAAUUUGUGCCGGUGCUGUGCGGCUCGGCCUUCAAGAACAAGGGCGUGCAGCCUCUGCUGGACGCAGUGGUUGCGUAUUUGCCAUCUCCCCUGGAGGUGGCAGCGGUGAAGGGGUCCGAGGUGGACAACCCCGACGUGGCCCUCACCCGCAAGCCAGACGACGCCGAGCCCUUCUCAGCGCUCGCGUUCAAGAUCAUGGCCGACCAGUUUGUGGGCUCCCUUACCUUCCUGCGCAUCUACAGUGGCGUCCUGGAGGCUGGCACAUACGCGCUGUGCGCGAACAAGGGCAAGAAGGAGCGCAUCGGGCGCCUGCUGAUGAUGCACGCCAACAACCGAGAGGAUGUGAAGAUCGCGCGCACGGGUGACAUCAUCGCCGUGGCCGGCCUCAAGGACGUGAUCACCGGCGAGACGCUGUGCGAUGAGAAGGCGCCCAUCAUCCUCGAGCGCAUGGAGUUCCCCGACCCGGUCAUCAAGAUCGCGAUCGAGCCUAAGAGCAAGGGCGACCUGGAGAAGAUGAGCAACGGGCUCAUCAAGCUGGCCCAGGAGGACCCCUCCUUCCACUUCACCCGCGAUGAGGAGACCAACCAGACCGUCAUUGAAGGCAUGGGCGAGCUACACCUGGACAUUAUCGUGGACCGCCUGCGGCGCGAGUUCAAGGCGCGUUCCCUCCCGCCUCUUGACGUGGAGUGCGAUGUGGGCGCGCCACAGGUGAACUACCGCGAGUCGAUCAGCCAGAUGGCGGACAUCAAAUACGUGCACAAGAAGCAGAGCGGCGGAUCCGGCCAGUUCGCCGAGGUGUCAAUCCGCUUCGAGCCGGGCGAGGCGGGCACUGGAUUCGAGUUCCGUUCCGACAUCAAGGGAGGCACCGUGCCCAAGGAGUACAUCCCCGGUGUCACCAAGGGUCUGGAGGAGAUGAUGUCCAGUGGAAUUCUGGCGGGUUUCCCGGUUGUGGACGUGCGUGCGACGCUGUACGAUGGCUCCUACCACGAUGUCGACUCCAGCGUGCUAGCCUUCCAGAUCGCUGCGCGCGGCGCCUUCCGUGAGGGCAUGCGCAAGGGACAGGCCCGCCUCCUCGAGCCCAUCAUGAAGGUGGAGGUGACUACGCCCGAGGAGCACAUGGGUGACGUCAUCGGCGACCUCAACUCGCGCCGCGGCAUGGUCGGCGAGUUCAUCGACAAGCCCGGCAACCUGCGCCUCAUCAAGGCACGCCCUGCCUCUGACUCUGAGAUGUUGAAAAGGAGACUGGCCUCAAGGUUGCAGCCGACCUUGACAGCCCACGCGAGCGUGCCCUUGUCGGAGAUGUUCCAGUACGUGAGCACGCUGCGUGGCAUGACCAAGGGCCGCGCGCAGUACUCCAUGCAGCUGGAGAAGUACGACGUUGUCCCCAACCAUAUCCAGGAGAAGAUCGUGGGCGCGCACGCCAAGUCCACCGCUUGA